GCCUGGUUGAGCAUAUUUGAAAUCCAUCGCCGCCAACAUGCCGCCUACGUCUCCGUUUGAAGUUGUCUUGUACUACCGCUAUGUGCACAUCACGGACGUCGACACCGUGAUCUCAUCGCAGCAACAUCUAUGCGAAACAUUAAGCCUGCAAGGUCGCGUGCGUAUCUCGGAAGAAGGCAUCAACGGCACCCUCGGCGGAACACCCGCCUCCAUCCAAGGCUACGUGGAUGCCAUGGAGUCGUGUGCCCCGUUCUGUGGUCUCAACAUUGAUUGGAAACGCACCACUGACUUAGACAUGCUGCCGUUCGAGGACCUGUUUGUCCGUCGCGUGAAGGAAAUCGUGUCCAUCGAACUGCCCGACGAUGCAUGCGACGUGGCCAACACGGGCAUCCACCUCUCCCCCAUCGACUUCCACGCCGCUUUGGACCUCUCUCCGAAACACUCGACGGCGAUCAUCGACGUGCGCAACAACUACGAGUACAACAUUGGGCACUUUCAUGACGCCCUGAACCCGUCGACACGGCGCUUCGGUCAGUUCCCGCACUGGGUGCGCGACAACUUGGACGAUCUGGCCUCGAAGGAUCGCAUCCUCAUGUACUGCACCGGCGGCAUCCGCUGCGAGAAAGCGUCGGCGUACCUCAAGCACCUCGGGCUCUCGAACGUGUUUCAGCUCCAAGGCGGCAUCCACCGGUACUUGGAAGCAUUCCCCGACGGCGGCGCCUUCGUUGGCAAAAACUUUGUGUUUGACCAACGAGUGGCGGUGGCAUCUUCGAACGAGGACGUGGUCGGGCAGUGCGAAGGGUGCGGCGGCGCGCACGAUGUGAUUUCAGGCAUCCGAUGCGCGUACUGUCGCAUGCAUGUGAUGCUGUGCAGCUCUUGCGAGUCCUGUCGCGUAUUUUGCAAGCUGCACCAGUGGCUCGGGGUUGGAGACGUGGAGGAUCUGACGCUCAAACUCGGCCAGUUGGAAACUCAAUUGAGUGACAAUGCUGGGCCGAAAGGCAAGGGCCGCCGUCGGUCCAUACGAAAGCAAAUGCACGCCCUCCAAGCCACAUUGGCUACCGCGACCGCCGUCAACUAGCAAGAGGCCAUGAUGGCGCCAAAUGUUAAUAUACAACAUUUUGUAUUCGCGAAA